AUGGGUCCCUGUACGGCCUCCCAUUGCUGCUGUCUCCAUCGCCACACUCUGCCAUGUGCCACUUUCAGGUCUCCUCACACUCCUGCGGUUUUCCAUUUUGUCAUAGGUUGCUGGCAGGUUACAGGCCUCCCAUAGGUGCUGCCAGGCCCCAAAUCUGCCAUGGGCCCCCGUACCGCCUGGUCACGCUGCUGCUGGGCCCACAGUGUGACCUGGGUCCCUGUACCGCCUCCCAUUGCUCCCACUCUGCCAUGUGCCACUUUCAGGUCUCCUCA